AUGGCAUUGCUAAGCAUUUUCGAAGUUAUUUUAGCUUCAAUUUGUUUUGCAUUCGGCUGUUAUUUGAGUAAUCGAAAUGAGAUCGUAUGGAACUGGCCGUUAUUCGGUAUGCUGCCUUCGCUCUUGGCGAACAUUCAUCGGUUUCAUGAUUGGACCUUGAAGAUGUUUGAAAAAGCUGGUGGUACUUAUCACGUAAAAGGUCCAUGGUUCAUCAACAUGGAUAUGAUAGGAACUGUUGAUCCAGCCAAUGUAAAGUACAUGAUGAGCACCAAUUCAUCGAAUUAUCCGAAAGGCUCCGAAUACAAAGAAAUUUUUGGAGAUAUAUUUGGAAGUGGGAUUUUCAAUUCUGAUCAUGAUCAAUGGAAGAAUCAAAGAAAAGUUGCUGCUGCUUUGAUCAAUCAUCAACGUUUUCGACCGUUUCUGUUCGAUACUAUAAGUGUUACGGUCGAAAAUGCCCUAAUCCCGGUUCUUGAUCAUUUCUGUAAGCAAGGGGGGGCAGUGGACAUGCAAGAUAUAGCUCACAGGUUUACGUACGAUGUUAUAGUGAAAGUGAUUACGGGUUCCAAUCCGGAAACCCUAACCAUUGAAUUACCUAAAAAUGAGUUUUCGGAUGCCCUAGAUCAUGCGGAAGAAGCUAUAUUCUAUCGGCAUUUAAGACCGAAAAUAUUCUGGAGGCUGCAGAAAUGGCUAGGGUUUGGAUUGGAGAAAGAAAUGAAAAUAGCUAGGGUAAUAAUUGAUCGUAUUGUAGCUAGUUAUGUGGCAAGAAAAACAGAACAACUCAUCAAAGACGGAGAAGGAGGGGCUGAUUUUUUGGGGUCAUACUUAACUGUGCAUCAAAAUGAUGAAAAGUUAAUGCAAGCAUGGAAAUCAAAGGAUGAAUUUUUGAGAGAUACGCUCGUAAAUUUUCUGAUAGCCGGACGCGAGAAUUCAUUGGGGUGGUUGUUUUGGCUUGUAGCCAAGAAUCCAGUUGUAGAAGCAAAAAUCAGAGAAGAAUUAAGCAGUUUAUCGCCGAAAAAACGCGACAAAAUAGAGGUGUUUGAAUUGGAGGAGGUGAACAAGUUGGUGUAUUUGCAUGGAGCAAUAUGCGAAACCCUAAGGCUUUAUCCACCGGUAAUGUAUGAGCAUAAGAAACCUCUUCAGUCCGAUAUUCUUCCGAGCGGGCAUUACGUAGAUCCGAAAAUGGAAAUUUUAUUGUCCGGUUACGUGAUGGGUAGAAUGAAAUCAAUAUGGGGAGAUGAUUGUUUGGAAUUCAAGCCAGAAAGAUGGAUUUCAAUGGAAGAUGGGAGGCUCAUUCAACACUCACCAUACAAGUUUCUAGCAUUUAAUGCAGGAGCAAGGACUUGCUUGGGAAAAGAUACUGCAAUCUAUGAAAUGAAGGCGAUGGCUUCUGUUGUGUUUCAUAAUUAUGAUAUUCAGCUAGUAGAAGAACAUCAUGUGGUUCCUAAUUGUUCUUCUAUUAUUCUUCAUAUCAAGCAUGGUAUGAUGGCUAAGAUAAGUAGACGACGGAUGUGA